AUGUUCUACAUUCGCUUGUUCACUUUACUUUUACCUCUUUCAACCUACGCAACCCCCCUUCAUCUUACAGCCAAACAAGACCCAGUCCCAACAGUCGCAAACAUCGCCAACGAAUAUGGACAUAAUCCAUGUGCAUCACCCACAGACGUAGCGCAAUCAUGGUUAUGUGAACAUCCUGAGAUAUCAACUGCCCCUGUAGACACUGCGACGGUCAUUCAAGGUAAUUACGGUACCGUCAAUCCAGAGACUGUAUCAUCCCCAUCUGCUACUGCCUCUGAGGUCGAUGGUGGUCCUUCUGAGCCAGUACAGCCCUCUACUUCCCCAAGUGAUUUAGCAGCUGUUGCCGCCUCGCACUCGUUGCCUAAUUCAGGCAGCAGUGCUGCGACUCGAACGGUAGGUGUUCAACCUACUCAGCCCACCACUCCCGUUUCUUCUGUACCCAUCGCACCGACCGAGUCAACACAUCCUUCAACUUCGGUCAUUGAAGACGGAUACACCAUCACAUCCAGCCAAUCUUCAGAAGGUACAAUCCCCAACGAACCAUCAUCUACUAUAGCUGAACAGUCCUCUGCAGCUAUACAAUCAACAUCUUCAACGUCAAGUUCCAACUCCACUACAGCUUCACCAUCAGAAUGCGGCUGUGGAUAUACCUUCUCUCAGAACUUCAACUCAGCUUAUUAUCCGAAAGCGAAGAUAAUCGAUUUCUCAACAAUUGCCGAUGGGACCGAUGUGACAAGUUUGGGUUUCUCAACUAGUAACGGUGAUAAGAUCGGUGCUAGUUCCACUGUGACUCCCUCAUCCAUAUGCGUAGGGUCGUCAGAGAACGUACACAUCUCAGGAGGUGUUUUGAAUAUCAAGGUUCCCGCUGGACAGUUGACAGGUGGUGAGAUAGUGUUUGAGGAAGCCGUCACAGGGGGAGUGUUUUCGAUGGAAGCUAAGAUCGAUAAGACCGAGGGUACAUGUCAAAGUCUUUUCACAUAUACCAAGACUGAAGGCACGGCCGACGAGCUAGAUAUGGAGAUGUUAGGUAAGAAUAUUUUUAAACCUAGUGAAAAUGGAGAUAAAGGUAUUGGCUUGAGCAAUUAUGCCCCUGACGGAUCGAAAGAUGGUGAACAUGCGGACUACACAUCAGAUCCUACGGCAGAUUUCAACAGAUACACCAUCGGCUGGUUCUCAGAUUCGAAUAAGUUUUACUAUAACGAUCAACAGCUGAAAGGACCCCAACCACACUUACCGGUAAACCCAUCUUCGAUCAUCAUCAACAACUGGUCCAAUGGUGAUCCAACAUUCACCGCGGGCCCGCCAGCUCAAGAUAACAUUCUUCAAAUCCGUAAGAUUGAGUACUACUAUCAGACCGAAGAUCACUCCAUUUAUCCAGCACUAGCCCCGGGAUGCUCCGUCGAUAGUGCUUGCCAAGUGAACUAG